AUGCCUUUCCUUAAACAACACACCGAUCAGGUGGAGAAAACGUCUUCACCAAAUGUCGCCUCGACUUCGAACGCGGCGAACCCUGCUGUGAAGCAGGAUGGCAACGCUGCGAAUGCCUCGCCGGCUAGCAAGCAAAAGGUCACAUUCAUAGCUUGUUUCCUAGGAGCAGUCGCCAGUAUAGGUGGUUUCAUGUUUGGUUAUGUCAGUGGUCAAAUAUCUGGUUUCUUCAACAUGUUAGAUUAUGCUUCACGAUUCGGCGAGUUAAAUUCAGAAGGUGUAUACGAAUUCAGCGCGGCGAGACAAGGAACCAUCGUCGGUCUUCUGCCUAUCGGAUGUCUACUCGGUGCCCUGAUUGCUGGACAACUUGCCGAUAGAAUCGGAAGACGACUAGCUAUCUCGCUCACCGCACUGUGGGCUUGCGUUGGAAAUGUCAUCGAGAUCUCGUCGCAAACCUCCUGGGUACAGUUCGCCAUCGGUCGCUUGGUUACCGGCGCCUCCAUCGGUGCCCUGUCCGUCUUGGUCCCCAUGUACCAGUCCGAGAGCAGUCCCGCCAUCAUCCGUAGCGUUCUAGUCUCGACAUACCAGCUUUUCAUUACCUUCGGUAUCUGGACCAGUUACAUGGUCGAUUGGGGUACCAAGGACAUGUCCAGCAGCGCUUCGUGGCGUAUCCCCAACGGUCUCGGCUUCCUUUGGUCUCUGUUCCUUGGACUCGGAAUUCUCGUCCUCCCCGAGAGUCCCCGACACGCCUACCGAAACGGCAAGGUCGAUGAGGCCCGAAACACGAUUGCUAGAUUAGCAGGUGUUGACCCUCAGCACCGCAGCGUCCACGACCAAAUCACGGAGAUUCGCGUCAAGUUAGACCAGGACAAUGCUAGUGGCAAGGCUAACUGGUACGAAAUCUUCACUGGACCCAAGAUGUUGCACAGAACCCUCCUCGGAAUAGUGCUUCAAGCCGGACAGCAGCUCACGGGUGCCAAUUUCUUCUUCUACUACGGAACAACCGUUUUCAAGUCCACUGGUUUGAGUGACAGCUACGUCACUCAAAUCAUUCUCGGUACCGUCAACGUUGUCACCACCAUUGCCGCUAUGUGGAUUGUGCAAAACGUUGGCCGCAGAAAGGCACUUAUGGCUGGUGCCGCUUGGAUGAUGAUGUGCUUCUUCAUCUACGCUUUCGUCGGUCACUACGCUUUGGAUUCAACCAACCCCUUAAACACCCCCGCCGCAGGCUCAGUCCUCAUUGUGUUCUCUUGCCUUGCUAUUGCUGCAUUCGCUACCACCUGGGGACCUCUCGUUUGGGCUGUCGUCGCUGAACUGUACCCUUCGCGUUAUCGUGCCCCGUGCAUGGCUUUGGCCACUGCCUCUAACUGGUUCUGGAACUUUAUGAUCUCCUUCUUCACCCGCUUCAUCACCGACGCGAUCGACUACUUCUACGGCUUCAUCUUCGCCGGCUGCUGCGGUGCCCUCAUCAUCAUCGUCUACUUCUUCAUGAUCGAGACCAAGGACCGCAGCCUCGAGGAGAUCGACACCAUGUACCUCCUCGGCGUCAACCCCAUCAAGUCCGCGCACUGGGACGGCAGCAAGCUGCCCGAGGGCAUCCAUGCGGAUUCUCUGCAUGAGGAAGAACACGCUGAUGUUUAG